UUACGGUGGACGCACCGGCCGGGCGAUAUAUUGACCAGCCCAGGUUCCGGUUGGAAGUACAGUCGUCAGGAAGUCCACCUGAGCUAAGUUUAGACAGAUCGUGCUCUCGCAAGAGCCGUAUAAUCGAGUUACUCUUCUCUGGUUGUUGUGCUAGGCAAGUUCUUCACACCUGUUUAUGUUGCCAUUGCAAGUGGUUGCUUACCAAAGAAAGCAGACAUGGAGGACACGAGUGAGGUUAGAAAACAGCAUCGUUUUGAUGAGCAAAAACUACAUUCGUUUUUGAUGAGAAAGGUGCCAGGAUUUCCUCAGAGUUCUACCCAGCUUCAAGUGCGGCAGUUUACGUCUGGUCAGUCCAACCCUACUUUCUACCUAUCCAAGGAUGGGUGUGAGUAUGUGAUGCGUAAGAAGCCGCCAGGCAGGUUGCUGAAAGGAGCUCACCAGGUUGACCGUGAAUUUCGAGUCCAGCAGGCCCUACACAAAGCCAAUUUCCCAGUGCCAACACCUUUGGCUUACUGCAGUGAUGAGUCUGUUAUUGGCACUGACUUCUAUGUUAUGUCUUUUGUGAAGGGUCGGAUAUUCCGAGAUGUCACCCUGCCUGACAAGAGUCCAGCUGAACGUAAGGAGAUCUACGAUGCUCUGAAUGCUACGCUGGCCCAUCUGCAUAGUUUGGACUGGAGACAGCUAGGUCUGCAGGACUUUGGGAAGGAAGGCAACUAUUGUAGACGCCAGGUAAACACUUGGGGGAGGCAGUUUAGGGGUGCCACCAAGCUAGCCUCCUUACCAGACAAUCCAGCUGCCGAGCAGCUUCUGCAGUGGUUGGUGGAUAACCAACCAAUACUUGAGGAAAAGACUACCAUUGUCCAUGGAGACUUCAGGCUGGACAACAUCAUAUUCCACCCAACACUGCCCAAGGUGUUAGCUGUCUUAGACUGGGAGCUAUCAACUCUCGGGGAGCCACUGACCGACGUUGCAUAUGUUUGCAUGCUGUAUCACUACCCGCACAAUAUGCCUAUUCAUCUUACGAACCCUAAGCAGGAUAAAUUUUCUGAACUGAAGCGCAUUCGCGGUAUCCCAAGUGAAGCAGAUUUUGUCAGGGCUUACUGCCAGCGUUGCGUUCAGCCCUACCCUGUGCCUCAUUGGCAAUUCUAUCUAGCCCUUUGUCUCUUCAAGAUGGCUUCCAUUUGUCAAGGAGUCUACUGUCGUGCCCUCCUCGGUAAUGCGAGCUCUCAAUUUGCGAGUAAUUAUAAGGAGAUUGUGGAAUUGAUGCUUAGCCUGGGACUGGAUCAGACAAAACGGUUGCUCAGCGUUGCCGGCAGUCCGACAUCCUCCAUAAUUCUUGAGAUGAAGCCAAUACUGGAAUCUCAACCGAUAUCAGAGAGGGCAAGUCAGAUCCUGCAGAAAGUCAAAGACUUUGUCAAGAAUGAGAUCCUCCCUGUUGAAAAAAAAUAUCUGGAGCAAGUGCAGAGUGGUGAUACCAUCUGGUGUGUGCCGCCUAUCAUGGAGGAACUCAAGGCCAAAGCCAAGGCCCAGGGCCUCUGGAACCUGUUCCUGCCGGGUGUGAGUGGUCUGACUCAGCUAGAGUAUGCCUUCAUGGCCGAGGCAAUGGGGCAGACCUUCAUAGGCUCAGAACCCUUCAACUGCAGUGCUCCAGACACUGGCAACAUGGAGGUCUUGCACUUGUAUGGGAGCCCUGAACAGAAGAGGACCUGGCUUCAGCCUUUGCUGGAUGGGACGAUGCGCUCCUGCUACUGUAUGACAGAACCAGACGUUGCUUCGAGUGAUGCUACCAAUAUGGAAUGUUUGGUUGUGCGAGACGGGGACAGCUAUGUCAUCAAUGGCAGGAAAUGGUGGAGCAGUGGUGCUGGGGAUCCCCGUUGCAAGGUAGCCAUCUUGAUGGGAUUGACUCCUAACAAAGAUAAAUCCAGGCACCGACAGCACAGUAUGAUUAUAGUCCCAAUGGAUCUACCUGGGGUGAAGAAGAUACGACCCCUUACAGUGUUUGGCAACCCAGAUGCACCUCAUGGACAUCUGGAGGUUGAAUUCACCAACGUGCGCGUGCCUGCUUCCAACAUGAUCCUUGGGGAGGGGCGUGGCUUUGAGAUAGCUCAAGGGCGUUUGGGACCUGGUCGCAUCCACCACUGCAUGCGUGCCAUUGGGAUGGCAGAAAGGGCACUUGAGAUGAUGUGCGACCGUGCCAUCAAGAGAAAGGCCUUUGGAAAAGAGCUAGCCAGAAUGGGUGUUAUUCAGCACCAGAUAGCAGAGUGUCGCCUGGAGAUUGAUCAGGCCAGGCUGUUGACUCUCAAGGCAGCUCACACCAUUGACAAGUAUGGCACCAAGGAAGCUCGCAAGCAGGUUGCAAUGAUUAAGGUUGUGGCCCCUCGUAUGCUGACCCGUGUGAUUGACCAAGCCAUCCAGAUCUAUGGUGGAGCUGGAGUCUGCCAGGACUACCCUCUGGCAGCCUUCUACACCGGAGCCCGCACCCUGCGCAUUGCUGACGGACCCGAUGAGGUCCAUCUGACCAGCAUUGGCCUGCAGGAGCUCAAAGAACAGACCGUCCAAUCCAAGCUGUAAAGUGGGUGGCAGGGGGUGCGGUAUUUUGUCUGAAUUUGAGUGUUUUGCAGAAUUUGUCCAAGGAUUUUUAAAAAAAAAAUUCCCUCCUGAACUUUUUCGCAUAGACAGGUUUGCAAUUACACCAGUGGCAUUUGUUUAGAAAUUUACAAAUGAAUCAGAGCAUUUCUUGCUCCUUCA